AUGGCGACCAAACCCGAAGAGAAAAUCGCAGUUCUGGAUGUUAAAUUAAAGCAGUUACUUAUUACAUGUGGGAGAACCGUAUCUGUGUUAGAAUCGACGAAAGAUGUCGCAAUAAAUCGCCAAAUAGAGUCGCUAAAAGCGCUUUCGAAAGAUGUCGAACAAUCGCGUCGCGAAGUCGAACCAGAAGAUGAAAUAACGACAUGGAAUGCCGAAGUUGAAGAGAAAUUAUCGAUGGCAGAUGAGGAUAUUAAGCGACUCGAGAAAUGGCAAGACGAAUACAAGCAAAAGAAAGAAUCCAUAGCGCGAGAAGAGCAGUUCAA